UAAGUUAUCAAGAUCCUUAUCGUUACAAUAUACAUCCCGUCCUCCCUUUCAUAUGCUAUACCCCAUAUUUACCCCCUUCCCCUACUCCACUAUUGUUUUAAGAAAAAAAGACGAACUGUUGGAUUCCUCCUUCUCCAAACUACCCAUCUACGCGUUUUCUAUCUGUUCGCGACGACGGGAUCGUGAUAUCGCUAGUAUCCGUUCCCAACGGCGCGUAUUCUCAAGAUUGCGCUAGUGCGGACUUGCAAACAAAGAAACACUACUUCUGUUGGCGGGCCAUGACAAGACACCACCACAUCCUCGCCCUCCUCGUCUUGUAAACCAUGGGCAAUCCUUUAACAAACAUCAUAUCUACAGUCACUCUUCCCUUCCGCGCUCAAGUUCGUCGAGCAGCCAGUCUAGUUGUACCCAAGCAUCAAGACGGCCAUCCCAACGGCAUCUCCAACGGAAACGGCUACACCUACGUUAACGGCACCAACGGGAGCACUAACGGACACCUGAACGGUCACAUCAACGGCCAUACCAACGGCUAUACCACCAUGGACUCGGAACGCCGGCCGCUCCUCGGCAACGGCCACUCGACCACCGAGUCCGACUCCGACUUCUCAUGGCGCGACUUCUUCCUUGAUACCAAGAGAACCCCUGGCACCAACGAUCCCAAUCCCCUCGUCAAGUAUCCUACCCGAGUAUGGAAUGUCACCAAGGUCACUCUUCUGAGCUCAUGGAUCAACGUCCUUCUCAUCUUCGUGCCCCUCGGCAUCAUCGCCGGCGAGCGAGGCUGGAGUGCACCGGCAGUGUUCACCCUCAACUUCUUUGCCAUCAUCCCCCUCGCCGCGGUCCUCUCUUUUGCGACCGAAGAGAUCGCCCACAGACUAGGAGAAACCCUUGGCGGUCUGGUCAACGCAACAUUUGGUAAUGCGGUGGAACUCAUUGUCAGUAUCGUUGCCCUCCGCGCCGGCGAGAUCGAGGUCGUGCAAGCCUCGAUGCUCGGCUCCAUCCUCUCUAACCUGCUCCUCGUGCUGGGAAUGUGCUUCCUCCUCGGCGGUAUCGCCAACAUGCGCGACUCCAACGGCAUCGGCACCGAACAGACUUUUGCCUCCGGGACAGCGCAGACCACCUGCUCCAUGAUGACCCUCGCCUCCGCGUCCCUCAUCAUUCCCGCCGCCCUCUACAACGUUCUCAACCACUCCGACAGCCAAGAGAAGCAAGACAGCAUCUUGGUUCUCUCGCGCGGUACCGCCGUCAUUCUCCUGAUCCUCUACUGCGCCUACCUCUUCUUCGUCCUGCGCACCCACAAGGAGCUGUUCGAGCCCGAGGCCCAAGCCGUCGGCGACGUGGUUACUGAACCUAAGGAGGAACCGAUCCUCUCGCCCUGGUCUGCGGCCCUCGUCCUCAUCGUGACAACAGUCAUCAUCUCGUACGCGGCUGAUUACAUGGUCGACUCAAUCGAUGCCAUCGCUGCCACGGGCGCCAUCAGCAAGACGUUUAUCGGUCUGAUCUUGAUCCCCAUUGUCGGAAAUGCGGCCGAGCAUGUGACGGCUUGUGUGGUGGCGGUCAAGAAUAAGAUGGAUUUGGCGAUGGGGGUGGCGAUUGGCAGCAGCAUUCAGAUUGCGUUGCUUGUGACUCCCAGCUUGGUGCUCCUGGGGUGGGCGAUUGGACAGCCGAUGACGCUGCAUUUUGAGACUUUUGAGACGAUUGCGUUUGCGUUGAGCGUCAUGGUGGUUACGUAUACGGUGCAGGAUGGGAAGUCGAAUUAUUUGGAGGGUGCUAUGGUGAGUUUUUCUUCCCCUGGAUCUUGAUGAUGUGGGGAGGGAAAAUGCUAACGAAGGUGAUUAAACAGCUUAUGGGACUUUAUGUCAUCAUUGCCCUUGCGUUCUGGGCGAGCCCGGCCGAUG